AUGUCGGAUCCAGUACCUAGUGACACAGAAACUGUUACAUAUGCGGUAACCGAGGAGCAAGGAAAAACUAAUCUUCUGUUUUCAUUAGUUGAAAGCGUAGUAUCAUUGGUUGCAGUUACAUUUGGAAUUUUAACUUUGGCAUUUGUAUAG